AUGUCUUCUCUCCGACCUGAUGAUAGGUCCCGAAAGGAUCGAUCCCGGUCACGCUCUCGUGAUCAUAGGUCCAAGAGCGAUGCUGAGCGCCCAUCCUAUAGCGAUUAUCGCGAACCGAGCUACAUAUACCCAGAAGAUGAUUUGAAUGACCGUACAAGACCGGGCGCGCCACAAGCAAGCGGUGCUCUUCCCUACCCUGAUGAGGGCGGCAUCUAUCCUGCAAUCCCUGGAAAUCUAGAGCAAUACAGCUAUGACUCUUAUCAGCCCGCCUACCGAACCGCCUCUCCGCCGAAGGACUCGCCUUACAGGUCCUCGCACGACAGGGUUGACAGUAACUUACCAGGAACAUUCCCUGAUGACAGUCGUCGCGAGAAAGAUAAAGACCCAUACACUUACAAUGCAGAGCCCCGUGCCAAGGAUGAACAAGACAGGUUCAGCUUUCUGCCACAGAAGUACAUGCGCAAGCUUACUGGAUCUCCCGGCGACAACAAGGAAAGGGACAACCGAAGCCGUAAAGACAGGCUAGACGAUGACCUGGCCUACGGACAGCCAGGAGUUCCCCCGCGCCCCAAAGCUGAGACUGACGACUUAGCUUAUGGCAAGGCCACAGGACUCCCUUCAACCGCCAGCCAGGUCAUGACUACAUACAACCCCCCUCCAACUUCUGGAGACGACUAUUAUGCCCAGCAACAGAACCCCUACGGAUAUACUCAUCGCGAUCCCGCAAGUCCGUCUGUUGAUCAGUACGGGUCGCGCAGGUCCAGGGAAGAUGUGCGUUACAAUGAGAUUUAUGGCUCCAACGCCAAUGUCGUGACUGCUGAGCCUAGGAGCCGUGAUGACGAGAAACAUCGCGAACGUCGUAGAGACAGAUCUUCUGAUCCUCGGGGCAGCUCAGACCUUCUAACUGCGGACUCUGGGGGCCGGAAACGUGAAAAGUCACGGGACAGGUCUCGCCGACGUGAAAAAUCUCGGGAAAGAUCUCGAUCCCACAAGAGAGAGAAAUCGGGAGAUACUCUGACUGUGGACAGCCAUCGCAGACACAGAUCACGAUCCAGGGAUGGACGCCACAGCCGAAAGGAUAGGUCUCCUCAACCUCCAACUGAGAGGAUGUCAGGUCUCAGCAUCAACACCGGACUGACAGUUGGUGGCCUCGCCGUUGGUGGCUUGGCCGGCGCAUCACUCGCAAAUGCUCCACCAUCGCCCAUGCUCGAGUCCUACUAUGGCACUUACCAGGAUUGCUCUCCUAUGCCAUCUCCUCUGCUGCUUGCUGCCAAGUCGAACGAGGAUAACCGAGCUCUUGAGGCGCUCUCUCCGCUAGGGUCUGACAAUGAAGAGGAUAGCAGACGUCGCCGACGCGCCCGCUUCCACGACCCUGAGGACAUCACAACCCAGCUAGCCCAGGCCCUGAAGGGGGGCCGUAAGCCUGACACUGAGCCACUUAUCGAGAUUCUACCAAGCUUGACACACGAUCAAGUUAUGAAGCUACGCGCUGAUUACAAGGCGCUCGUCAAAACAGGCUCCGAACGCAAGGGCGUCAACAUUGCCAAGCAUAUCCGUGCUCGUCUCAAAGACGAAGACCCUCUCCUGAUGAAGGCCUGUUACUCUGUUGCCCUGGGUAUAUGGGAGAGCGAGGCAUACUGGGCCAACUUUUGGUACCAGGGGGACAAGACUCGUCGAGAACUGCUCAUCGAAUCCCUCAUGGGUCGCACCAAUGCCGAAAUACGUUAUAUCAAGGACGCUUUCACAGACAAAAAGUACGACAACAGCCUCACCAAAUGCAUGAAAGAAGAGCUCAAGGAGGACAAGUUUAAGAAAGCCGUCCUUCUGGUUCUUGAGGAACGUCGCAUGGAGGAGUAUGAUCACCACGGCCGCCUGGUACCAAUCGACUACGCUCUGGUGGACCAGGACGUCGCUGAUCUCCGCCGCUCCAUAAAAUCGGAAAAGGGUGGUGAGACAGCAAUGAUCAACAUUAUUGUACUUCGUAGCGACUCUCAUCUUCGCGUUAUUCUUCAGGAGUACGAGCGUCAGUACCGUGCCAACUUUGCGCGCGAUGCUCUCAAAAAGAGCGGGAACCUUGUGGGUGAACUUUUGGCGCAUAUUCUCAAUGGUGUCAUCAACCGUCCCGUUCGCGACGCCCUGCUCAUUCAUCACGCCACCUCGGCGUCUCGCAAAGAUGGGCUUCGUCGCGAGCUGCUCAUUUCACGCCUUGUUCGAUACCACUGGGAUCCGCACCACAUGCGGGCUGUCAAGCAAGCUUACCGUGAACGCUACGGCAGAGCCAUGAGAGACGCCGUUCGCGACGCGACGAGCGGUGAAUGGGGCGAGUUUUGUGGUGAACUGUGUAUUGCACGUAUGCCUGAUGACGUGAGGAAGUUUGACAAGAUCAGCUAUAGUACGAGAUGA